GGUUGUGUGCACCUUUAACAGGCAUAACGGUAACGAUUCACAUGACUCACGGUAGGAUGAAGAAAGAACGUGAACUUUGGAUUCACACGUCCUGCAUAUAAUGGGAGGGUUUCGAGUCAGGGGACACAGUCCGUCUCGGAACGCCGGAUAGCAUGCAGGCCCUCAGCCUCCUCGCCGUCUGCCUGUGCCUGGUGGCUGUGAUGACGGAGAAACCUCAUCCUUGCAAAUCACCUCCUCUAAUGGUUGGAAGACUUACUGUUGUAUACCCCGAAGGGAAAUUCGUAGCAUAUGAGCGGUUCAGCUAUGACGCCCUGGGCCGGCAGAUCCGCGUCAGAGCUGUGACGGUCGACCACAACCAGACCUCCUUCGUGGACGUGCUCCUGCUCUUCAGAGAGGGGGUCUCCUAUGAGAUUUCGUACCAAAACCAAACCUGCAAGAAGGCGCCCCUGAAGACUCCCUUCCCGCCAAUAGAGAUCCCCCACGACGCCCAGCUGCAGGGGGAGGUGGUGCUGGGAAGUUCCUCUGCCCCUGGCAUGGGGGUGCUGGUCAACGACUGGGUGGGCGCUGUACCAGAGCAGAAGGCAAAAUACCAGCUGAUUUUCACCGAAUUCGGCUGCCUUCCCAUAACUUCCAUAAACCAUAUCGAAGACGUGGGACUGAUUCUCACGAGUUUCUACGACCUGGUGAUCGGGAUCGAGGACCCAGAUGAGUUCAUCCCUCCGCCUUUCUGCGACAAAGCAGAACUUCAGCAGACGGAGAGCAGGAAGGUGAAGGACUUCCUCAGGUUCUUCAUUUGAGAACAAUCCAAAAAUGUAUUGUUGCUAUGGAAAAUAAAGGCCUUAAAUAUCUAUUUUUACUACUACUACCAGUGUCCCGCUAAUAUUAAACAUACAGCACUGAAAGUAAAAUACUGACUCGAAACAAGCAUUAAUAAACAAAACUUACUAAUUACAA